UUGUGCUUUCCAGCUGAGAUGCGAGAGAUGUUUUUCAUGCUAUUUUUGGCGGCAUUUGGUUUUUGUGGAUUAAAAACAAAAUAGCUAUUAGAAUGUUGCGGCACGACAUUAUCAAUACGAUUUUUAGCCAAUAAAGAACAGAUCGAUCGAAAUGCCAUCAAAGUGCAAAUUUCGUUUAAAUCAGAGGAAUGGUGUUUAUUUCAGUGGAGAAUGGAUAACGGGAACGGUUCUAUUGAGAACCACCAAAGAGAAGACCAUACGAAAUAUCCGCAUAAGGUUAUUGGGUGAGGCCAAAGUGCACUGGAGUGAGGCCGAAAAAGACAGCGGCACGGCCCAGUACAAGGCGAACGAGGUGUAUGUUGACAAAACUUAUGUUGUUUACGAUGAGGAGAUACUGCCACCACGUGCCUAUGUCUUUGGCUAUAAAUUCCGUCUGCCGAAAUCUUGUCCCACAUCGUGUCGGGGCAAUCAUGGUCACAUCCGAUACUUUCUGGAACUGAGAGUGGAUAGGCCGUAUCGUUAUGACAAUGUCUUCACCAGACCACUGACGGUGCUGAAAAGGGUCGAUUUGAAUAUGAAUCCAGAGUUUAAGCUUCCCGUACAACAGGAAGAAAUCAGUGCAGUGGGUUGUUGGCCUUGUGCAAGUGGAAAUAUUGUUUAUUCCUUAGCAGUACCCUACGGAGCCUAUGCCUCCGGGCAAUCUCUGGAAUAUACUCUAAAUAUCCAGAAUCAAUCAAUGACUGAUAUAAGUGGAUACCAAGUUCGUUUUGUGGAAUGCAUGACCUUCGUGGCCCACACACCAGAAUAUAAAGAACUCCAGAGUCACACCACCCUUGCCGAUGAAGAAUAUUCCGAUGGCUGUCUGCGGCUGUCGAAUCGCCAAUAUGACGGGCAAAUUGAUUUACCCUCAAUGCCACCGGACACAGAUGGUGAGGGCAUAAUACGUUUGGACCAUUAUUUGGAAAUUGAAAUCGAAGUCAAGGGUUGUCAUCGCAACAAGAAUAUUUCGGUGCCAAUAUUCAUUGGCAAUAUACCGAUUAAGGAAAGUCUACAAAAUGCCACUCCCCUGCCAUCGUCGGCCAAUUUGGAAAUGCCAUCAGAUGAAGAUGAUGAUGACGAAAAUAGUUACGAAGUGACGCAUAACCAGGCAUCGUAUUCGGGUGAAGAAAGUGAUGCGGAUGAACCACCAUGUUAUGGAGAUUUAGCCCCACCAGCAUUUGAAGAAGCUGUAAGGUAUCCCUCGCCUUUCCAGGAUCCAGAGGCGAAUGAGUAUACCAAUGCCAAAGAUUUUCAACCAUUGUAUCCGGUAUAUCGAUACUAUAAUGGAAGGAACUGAAUAACUAUCAUGUUAAUCUAACAAAAGCUACCUCAUUUUGAAAGACUUUCAAAAACUUUUU